CCUCAACAUAGACUUCCUUCCUUCCGAAGUCACAGCUGUUACCUUCAUUUUCUCCAAAAGCUCAACCAUCAACGGUUAUAAAUUAUAAUGGGCCUCCGCCUCACUCUUCUGUUUUCCCAAUCAUUUCCUUAAUCCUACGCUUUUAACCAGUAGUCAGCCAAACAAACCCAAAGUGGAAAACCUGGGACUGACGUCUCUCUCGACAAAGCACUAGCACAGAUCCAGAACUUUCCUCUCUCUCUGGCUCUGAAAGCUUCAAUCCAAUGACGCGGCUCUCCUGUUCCCGUACGGUUGCUGCUCUGCUUUACCUGUGCUUUGCCUGCAUUGGAAUCGAAUCUUCGGUUCAUGAAUACGCCGGCGAGAGAUUCGCCACUAAAGGCAAUGCCUUCGUAGUCCACGCUGGCAGCGAGGGAAUCUACUCUUCGGUCCCUACUCCGAGCGAGACCGACAGCCAGACUUCCACCAAUGGCGAGUCUUACAUACGUUUUGAAAAGGUUACAUUUCGGAGAGACAAGGAAUUUGCGAACUUCAGCUCGGGUCCAGUACAUGCUAUUGUUUUUGAGGUGGAAGAUAGACAAACAAUUGGGGGUUCAGCCUAUGGGGGUCAAAGAGCAGUCUGUUGCUCAGCAGAUCUUGCAAAAUUAGGUGUAUGUUCAGAAGGAGAAAUAAUCCACCGCCCAUCUACAGAGAAUCCUGGCUGGCCCCAAGUGGUUAGCGUCUCAUUUGGUGUAGAGGAACUAGCUGCAAUGUUGCCAUCAAAGUCAAUACAGAUAGCUAAAACUGGGAUGUAUAACAUGUAUUUCAUUCAUUGCGAUCCAAAGCUGAAAGGUUUAGUUGUGGAUGGAAAUACAAUAUGGAAAAAUCCUGCUGGCUACUUACCUGGUCGAAUGGCACCACUUAUGAAUUUCUACGGGUUCAUGUCCUUUGCUUUUCUGAUACUUGGGAUCUUUUGGUUCUCCCAGUAUGCAAGAUUUUGGAGAGAAGUUCUUCCAUUGCAGAACUGUAUCACACUAGUCAUAACGCUGGGCAUGUUUGAGAUGACUCUAUGGUAUUUUGAGUAUGCCGAAUUCAACGAGACUGGAAUCAGGCCAACUGGGAUAACCAUGUGGGCUGUCACUUCUGGGUCUGUUAAGCGUACAGUAGCACGUUUGAUCAUUUUAAUGGUUGCGAUGGGCUAUGGUGUUGUGAGACCUACCCUGGGUGGGCUUACAUCAAAGGUGGUCAUGCUCGGGGUGACAUUCUUUGUGGCAACUGAAGUACUUGAAUUGGUAGAAAAUGUUGGUGCAGUAAGUGACCUUUCAGGAAAGGCAAGACUCUUUUUGAUUCUUCCUGUGGCAGUCUUGGAUGCUUUUUUCAUUCUUUGGAUAUUUACUUCCCUCUCUGCCACAUUAAACAAGCUUCAGGCUAGAAGAAUGCUGAUUAAACUGGAUAUAUACAGGAAGUUUACAAAUGCUUUGGCCGUAGCUGUUAUUGUGUCCGUGGGUUGGAUAUGCUAUGAGCUUUACUUCAAAUCAACAGAUAUUUACAAUGAGAAGUGGCAGACUGCAUGGAUCAUCCCGGCAUUCUGGCAAGCCUUGUCUUUCUCGCUCCUAUGUGUGAUCUGUGCUCUUUGGGCGCCCUCUCAGAGCUCAACACGAUAUGCUUACUCUGGAGAUGCAAGCGACGAGUUUGACAAGGAUGAUACAAACCUGACUCUCAUAAAACCAGCCCCAAUUCCUUCAAAGGAUGUUCGAAGUGUACCUGAAGCUAGACCGGUGCAAGGUGGCAAUGGAGUAUCGAACGGUGAUAUGGAAGAAGAGAAGACUGAGUAAAUUUAAACCCAGUUGCAACUUUGGCUUCAUUGUUGUAAUCCUUCAGCUACUCCCUGAAUUCCCACUAGCAUGUAUACAGAAGUAGGGGUCACGACUCAAUUCCAUGCUGCGAUGAUCACGUGACUUGGACUUUUCUCUUCUUUUUUUUUCCUGUUCCUAAAUUCCUUUGGUAAUUUUGUUGCCGAGUCCUUGUCAAGUUAUUUAAUGGAUUGCUCAAUUAUUGCUGUAACAGAUGAGAAAAUGGAGACUAGUGGUGUUGUUCCUCAAUAUAACGAGGUUCCCGUGA